AUGAAGAAGCAGUACCAGAAUAUAUUCAACGCAAAUGAGAUAGAGAAACAGAAACACAGAAGAUCUACGCGCAGAAUUCAACAAGCAGAUGGAGGUUUAACUUGUGAAGAAGCUCCGAGUCUUCAGGUUCAGCCUGCUGAGCUUGCUGAGUCUGCUGAACAGCUGAAUAUUCAACCCCGCAAGCCUCCGCCAACUGAGCCUGCAAGCAAUUGCGGCGCUCUUGGGUAUACAAGAAUAAGAUCUCAACCUAGCGUAAUUUAA